UGCCAGGCCUCACUACCACUGCACAGGGCUGAGCUGAUGCCAACUAGCCUACCCAGACACCACAUUCCAUGGGCACUAAGCAUCAGUAGGCACCCCAACAGCACCAGGCGCAUGCAGCUGGGGUUUGCAGCUGCAUGUGUAACACCCAGCUGCCACUGCCAGCUGAGGGCCAGUGAUUACAACCGCCCGCGGUCUCAAUUAACAAUCAAUGCACCCCACCGGCGGGAUGAACCCCCGUCGGCGGGUUCCAAUUAACAAUCAAUGAGCCCCGUGGCCGAGAUGAGCACCAUCCGCGGGUUACAAUUAACAAUCAAUGAGCCCCGCGCCCGGGUUGGUGCAACAUCCAAUCAGCAUGCAGUUCUGUACUGCACAGGUGUAGCUUGUUAUUGAAGCUGAAGUGUAAAAGUGUACAUGCUGCCCAAUAUUCGCCAUAUUUUUGGCGUUUUUCCGUGGAACAAGUCGACUAAUUUCUGCAUAAUGUCACAAAAUCCUCGAAAACGAAUAUGUAACAUGGCUGAGGGGAGCGCUGAACCAACAGUAUCCAGUGACAGGGACGAAACAGACGAUGAAUGGGAACCUGACAGAGAAAACAGCAACCUAACAGACACAACGCUUUUGAAUUCCCUGGACAAAGACGAAGACUCUGGAGAUGAAUACAUACCCCCAGCGAAGAAGAUGGGGGGCAGAGGGGUAGGUGGCCACGCGGUAGGCCUCCUGGACGUGGCAGAGGUAGAGGAAGAAAGGGUAGAGGCAGAGGUGGAGGUGGAGGCAGAGGACGAGGAGUCGGCCGCCCGCCAGGAGGAAGGGGGAGAGACUUGCCGCAAACUGAAGAUGGACGUGGAUGGCAGGACACAGAGGUACAAGAUAUUAUUCCACAACAACCAGUGUUUAAACUCGUACUCCUGGGUGCCCCAGCGAAAAGCACAUUGCCUGGGCUUGAAGAGCAACAACACCUCGCACAAUAAGCACAAUAGCUCCAGUUCUGAUGACCGCCACAGCCAGGACCGGGUAUUCGAGGACCGUCAGCCCGAAAAUGUGUGCUAUAGAUCGGCCUUGUGA